UUCCAGAGGCAGCCAGAGACCGCAAACACGAUCUGCCUGUUCCGAGGGACGCCGAGGAGAUCGAGGAGUUUGAAACCUUUAUCAAUAUUGUCAAGUUCAACAUGCGCACAUCCUACAACAUCACCUCCUUCUGCAUCCACAUCUACUUAAUCUACAAUGCCGUCUAUCGGGUCCUGUGGUGGUGCCCUCGGAGCUCCUACCCACGCCGCGACUUUUAUCUCUUUGACAAUACCUCGACUCCCAACGGCACCGGCACCGGCUCCGGCUCCGCUGGGCUGCUCUCGCUGCUGGAAAACACAACAUGCGUCCUGCAUCCGACGUCUCCGCCUACAUUCAUCCAUUUUACAGCCUGGUUCCAGGCGCUGUUCCUGCUGGCCGUACUCCUGAGCCACUUUUGGGCCCCGCGGCUCGAGCGCCUGCUCUAUCUGCACGGCCUCUAUCUCCUGAAUGCAACGAUGCUCCUUCCGGCGUGGAUCCUCAACUCCAAACGCUACGGCCCCGGAGCCUCGUUUGCGGCCGGGCUCCGGAUGGGCUGGAUUCCGUUCAUUCUGUGGUGGGUGCUCCUGUAUCAGCGCCGGCAUUCGAUAACGACCUGGUUUUGGGAACUCGAAGCCAAGAUGACGGACUGCAUCGUGAUCGAACGACCGCCGAACGAUCCCUCGCCAGGCUAUCUGUCGACGUACAAGCAAGAGGGGCGGGAGCGGCUGCUCGGCAUGAGCCGCAUCUGGCGGAUUUCGUCGCCGGUGCUGUUGCUGACUCUGUGGGAGUGGUGGUUGAAGCCCAGCGGGUAUCUGGCUGUCGAAACAACCGAUCUGCCAAUGUGGCCGGGACUGAUCUGGACGACCCUUGGUUGCGCUGCAGCUGCCCUGCCGUUGGUCGUCUAUCUCAGCAUCUUUACCUUUGCACGGGCCGCCCUGAUCUGGAUCGACCCGGACGAGUCGAGGGGCGUCGUCUUGGACAAGAUGGGCGAUGCUAUGGCCGUGGGACUCCUAUAUUAACCGGGUGUCCGUUUUGAAACCUGCGUUUGUCUGGAAGAAAUGAAUGCCAUAUUGUCUUUUCAACACGCUGUUCAGAACAAAACGGGUGAGCACCCCGCCUCUUGGGGGGGGGGAGGCUGGGCAUUGUGAGUGGCCGAUGGGUGUUGGAUUCAA